GCUUUCCUUUGCAGGUCCUACUCAUGCGCUGUUUAUAUCCCGACUACUUGCAGACGAUUUUUUUCAGUCAACUACUGGAACGAGGCUGGUCGGUGCAAAACUUCCGGUUUAGCAUCAAUAGUUCGUGGUUUAGCGAAUGACUGCAAUGGCUAUGCCAAGAGGACUUUAAAUAACAUAAGUCUUUGAUGCCAGCAAAGUCUGGGUUACGUCCAUGGUCUUGUGGUAAAGGAAGAACCUAUAUCUCAGCGAGAACCAACGACUCCUACAGUUACAGGAAGCCUCUGAAUGGGUGUCUUCUGCGGAACGUGGGUCUCGAUGGAUUAACAGACAUUUUCGUGCAUUUGUCUCAGGCAGAACCAACCUCUCGUUGUGCAGACAUUGGGUCUUCUGGUGUUGCCGAAUGGAUUAACAGACAUUUUCGUGGUAUUAUUUGUCGAAACCAGCGCAUAAUAAACCCUGAUAGGGAUCCCUGAUUAUGGCAGCAGCAGUGUGCAGUGAGAAAGAAGAUAUGCUGGCAACAUGCAGCAUUUGCUUUGAAGAAUACCGAAGUGAGCGACCACCAAAACUUCUGCCAUGUUUCCACACCUUUUGUCUCCCCUGCCUUGAUGAACUGAUGGGCAGAAUGUUGGGAGCAGAUGUGAAGCAGGCUUGUGGAGACACUGACCACCAUGUUCGCAAGAGCAGCCUUGAAACUGUUCAGACUUUGACCUUUUUAUGUCCUACUUGUCGCACUGCUAUUUGCAUUCCUCCAGGAGGGGCUAAACAGUUUCAGACAAAUUUUUACAUUACUGACGAUGCCAGUGGUGCUAAACAGCUACAAGAGAUACCCUGUGAAGCUUGUAAUGCACAAAGGAAUGCAAACUACUUCUGUUCUGACUGCCGCAAGAAGUUUUGUUCUCAGUGUUUGCAUUUUCAUGGAAUGUUUACUUCCAAUCAUCAUGUACAAGACUUGAAAUCUGACAGUGGCCUAAAACCUGUGCAAAAUAACAUUGAUGCAGACAUGAAGGAGAAGGUCAUGAAGCAGGUCACUAUGCUGGAGGAUGCUCUUGCAGCAAUAGGGCAAAAGCAUCGGCAGAUCGAUGUUCAGAGGCAAAAGUUGGAAGAUGACUUGGACACCUGUCACCAGACACUAGUGACUUUGGUUGAGCAAAUUUGGGAACAGAAGAAGAAAGACCUGCAAGCAGUCACACAAGCAGAGCAGGAUAAGCUACAAGUUGAGAUGAAGAGGGUACGUCAGAUGCUCUUGAGACUCUGGAACAUUCUUGAUUGUGGAGGUACCAGAAGUAAGUCUGCUGCAGUCAUGACGGAUGUGCAUGCAACACUUCUUAAAGAGGAAGACCUGGAUUGGUGCCAAAGGCAUUCCCUGGGUAAACACUCUGUAUGUUUUGCCUGUCAAGCCAAUGCUGGUGUAGACAUUGUCCAGUGUGUGCAAGCAUAUUUUGGUAUCAUCACAGUUUUACCAACUGAAGAAAAUGCAAAGCAGGAUUCAAGUGCUGAAGCUGGUGUUAAAAUGCAUGACAAAGGCGAUGAACCAACUGUGCCAAGCACUGGUGGGUUUCAAGACAUCCUGACACAUGUGCUAAAAGUUUCAUCUGAGUUGAAAGAUAUGUUCACAGCACUUAAAAAAGAAUGUACUGAGCUGCAGUCCAGAAAUGAGGAAAGGUACACUGGACUGAAGAAAGAAUGCACUGAACACCAUGCCAUAUCUGAUGUAAGAUAUUCAGAAGUAAUGUGCAAAGUUACUGAAUCACAAGCUGAAAAUAAGAAGCAGUUUUCUUCCAUAGAGGAGAGCUGCAUAAAGAUGAAAGAGCAAAUUUCUUCCCUGAAAGAUGACAUAUUUCAUAAUGGGGUCUCAGUGAAGGACAAUAUUAUAAAGCUGCAGAGAGAUUUGACAUCAUUAAAAGAACCUGCAGAAAAUUUCAAAACCACGGUUGCAUUCCAUGCCAAGUGCAGCAAAGAUACGAUUGAAGAAGAUUCGAAUAACCUUGUCUUUGAUAGGGUUAUCUUAAAUAUUGGCAAUGGAUACAAUCCUCGGACAGGUGUCUUCACAGCACCUGCUUCAGGACUGUAUUUUUUCCACGCUGCUGUUGUAAUAAGUCGCCCAAAACAAAAAGUAUGUAUGCUUCUGUUGCAAAAUUGGAUUUCCCUUGAUGCAUGGAUUUUUGAGGACCAUCGUUCAAAUACAGGUAAAAAUGUAAGUGGAAAAGUUCAAGCCAUAGUCACUCUCAAAACUGGAGACAGAGUUUUUCUUAAUCUAUGUGGUUGCAUGCAUACUGUUAAAGAUAUGAUAAGUUUCAGCGGCAUACUUUUGCAUCCAGAAGUUUGAGAGCUGUUACUCAUACAGCAACAGCAUCAGUAAUAGUAACAAGACCAUCUAAAGAUAUACCUGAUUGCAACUUCGUUUUUUCUCUGAUGACUGGGCUGAGUUCAUUAAAAGAUCCUAUUCUUCAUAUUCUCAACGAAUGGCACCAGCGUGAUUCUCCAGAAACAUGUCUACAAAUAUCACCAUGAAAAAGAGGUGUUAAAAAAACUGACAUGGAUGUACAAAAACGGUUAUGUCAUGAAGGGUGUGACUGGUGUAAGAGCUGGGACCGUCUGUCAUAGACGGGUGAAAGAGAUAUAACAUACUGUACCAUAAAACUCAUGGUCAUAGACCUUUCCAAUGAUAAAGC